GUACUGCCAUCUAGCGUAUGAUGACAGUGGAAAAUGGAAGUUGAUGGAACAUUUCUCUGUGCUGAUUCAUCGCGUUCUUCUUCGAUUGCUUCAACAUUCAUCGCCAUUGCAUCUCGGCCAUACAGAUGCAAGCCGAUGUCAAACUGAAGGGAGGAAUAUGAUGAAAGAAACAAGUUGCAUUGGUCCACGGUUUAUGUUUCCAUGACAAAUAUACGCCAUCAACAUGCGACAAACGUGCGCGGCGGAUAUAAAAGUGUCUUGUUACAGUCGUAUACAUUUUCCCUGAAAGUUGAUAUGAUGUUCUGUAAACGAGAACGUUGCACAAAGUCGUAGAAGACCGCUAUUAUUUCCAGUGAUGACACAAUCAGUUGUUGUACAGGUUGGGCAGUGUGGUAACCAGGUGGGCUGCAGGUUUUGGGAUCUUGCUUUGCGGGAACAUUCCCAUGUCAAUAAAAAAGGAAUCUACGAUGAGGCGCUGAGCAGCUUCUUUCGGAAUGUUGACUCAAGGAGAAGCGUCGGGGGAUCUUGUGACAUCACUGGUGGGAGGAUCCAAUCCCUGAAGGCCAGGGCGGUGCUGGUGGACAUGGAGGAGGGUGUGGUGAAUGAGAUCCUACAGGGCCCGCUGAGAGAAUUGUUUGAUACCACUCAGCUCAUCACUGAUGUGUCUGGCUCAGGCAACAACUGGGCAGUGGGCCACUGGACGUAUGGCUCAGCCUACAGGGAACAGAUUGUGGACCAGCUGAGGAGGGCAGCAGAGCAUUGUGACUGCCUGCAGUGCUUCUUUCUCAUUCACUCCAUGGGUGGAGGAACUGGAUCAGGCCUGGGCACCUGUGUGUUGAAACUUCUGGAGGAGGAGUUCCCCGAGGUAUGUCGUAUCGUCACCUCAGUCUACCCCUCAGCAGAGGACGAUGUCGUCACUUCCCCCUACAACAGUGUCUUGGCCAUGCGGGAGCUCACCGAGCAUGCCGACUGUGUCCUCCCUGUGGAGAAUCAGUCACUGGUAGACAUAGUGAACAAGAUCAAGCACAUGUCCCACAGUGGGAAGCCAGGUUCUGUGAUCAAGAAGGACAGUGCCAUCAUCUCAGGCCAGGGAGGGGUCAGUGGAGCCGAGAAGCCUUUUGAUGCCAUGAACAACAUCAUAGCCAACCUGCUGCUCAAUAUCACCAGUUCAGCUCGUUUUGAGGGAUCACUCAACAUGGACCUGAAUGAGAUAGCCAUGAACCUGGUGCCCUUCCCUCGACUGCACUACCUGGUGCCCAGCCUCACCCCUCUUUACACCCUGGCUGAUGUCAACAUCCCCACCCGAAGGCUUGAUCAGAUGUUCACUGAUGCCUUCAGUAAAGACCACCAGCUGAUCCGGGCUGACCCCAAACACAGCCUGUACCUGGCCUGUGCCCUCAUGGUCCGUGGCAACGUGCAAGUGUCUGAUCUCCGCAGGAACAUAGAGAGACUGAAGCCCAUGCUGCCUUUUGUGUCGUGGAAUCAGGAGGGAUGGAAGACAGGCCUGUGUUCUGUGCCCCCUGUGGGUCACUCCCACUCACUACUAGCCCUGGCCAACAACACCUGUGUCAAAUCCACCUUCAUGGAGCUCCGAGACCGCUUCACCAAGCUCUACAGGAAGAAGGCUCACAUGCAUCACUACCUGCAUGUGGACGGGAUGGAGCAGGGCUGCUUCACGGAGGCGAUCUCCUCCCUCUCUUCUCUGAUAGAAGAGUACAGUCAGCUGGAUGCCACCAAGGACAGACUUAUGCCUGACGCUGCCAGGCUCAACAUCGCCACAUGAAGGUCCUCUGUGUGUUCGCACUAGCAGACUACACAUAGUGGAGUGUAGUGUGUGUGCAAAGCACUUUUGUGUUUUAUUAGCAGAAAAUAGUACUGUAAUUUGAUAACUUGGUUGAUUUAUUUUUAUAAGUUACAAAGCAUUUCUUACCUGUCUAAAUGAUAUUCCUUAUUAAUUGUAAUUUAUUUUUAAUGGAUAACUGAGUUAUGAAUAUGUAUGCCUUGAAAAGGGUCAACAACACAGGGGAAAAUACAACAAAAAAAUAACAAUUAAUUUGAUUCUGAAUCUAAAUUUCUAGUGAAUCAGAGGACAUGAGAUUGUAUGAGGUAUUGUGGUGCAAACUAUGUUGAGAAUUAACUGGUAGGAAGAUGUAUUGUGAUCCAGCUGGUACACAGAGAUGAAUUAAGAUCGAGCAAACAUGUUAGCUCUAUCUAUCCUUGUUGCCACUAAUGGCCUCACUCACAGCCUUAUUGUUUAAUGAGGUACUGUAAAAACCAUAUAAUUGAGGUCUAACCCCACAUUGUCAUCACGUACAUUACAUUUCCUUUUAUGUUAAUUGUCAAGCAAUAUACUAAUAUACAAGUU